CCGAUUGGUGAUGACGUUUCCGAAAAGCAACAUGGCGAUUUUCCUACUGAUAGACGCAAUGGCUUCAAGGGUGCAUUUUCACGUAUUUUAGGAGAAACUUAAAGAAAAAUGACGAAGUAAGCUCCCGAAACGUGCGGACUAGUUGUUGAAUUCGUUUAGCGUAUUUAGGUUAGUGAGGAGCGCGCGUGUGUGGAAUUUCAACCGCGAGUUGUUAUCUAAUAAGAGGGAUGGAGACUGCCGUGGUCGACUCUUCCGAGACCAACAACGUGGAGUCCCCGCCGGACUUACCACCGAAAGAAGUCGCCGAAGAGGGCGUUCCCGACUCCGUGAGCAGCAGCGAGACCGAGAAGAACGCGACCAGCGAGAAGGAGUUGUCGUGGGAAAAAAUCGCAGCUGAAAUCGCCGCCGACGGCGACAACGAAACGAGUGAAGUGAGUGCGGGGGCCGAGGCCGAGGCCACCGAACCCAAAACGGACGAGACUGUGAUAACUACUGUGACUGAAGAGAAAACCGCGACUGACGAGACGCACGAGGUGGUGGCAGAUAGCACCGAGCAGCAAACCGUCAUUGAAAGUGAAGAGGUGGACUACGUUACGGACACGAAGGAGGCGGAGCCCGUGGUUGAAACCACCACGGAGAACCCAGAGCCAGAAGACGCGCUUCCGGUCGAAGAGGUCGCCGUGCCCGUCGAGGAAGUCGCGCUUCCCGUGGACGAAGAAACCAGUGACCUUGACAAGUCCGUCGGCUCCAUACCCGUCGACGAGGUGAUCGAAGAAACGGUGACAGAAGUCGUGGAAGGCGGGGAGCCAGAGGAGGCAGCCACUGAAGUGGUUGAAGCCCCAGAAACUGAGGAAAUUCCAGAGACUGAGGAACAACCAGAGUCUGAGGAGCAUCCAGAGUCUGAGGAGCAUCCAGAGACUGAGGAACUUCCAGAGACCGAGGAGCCAGAGGCCGAGGAACAUCCAGAAAAUGAGGAACAUAUAGUGGUGCAGGAACCGCCAGAUGUGGCGGAAACGCCUCCCGAAAAACAAAAAGAAAUAGAAAUCUCGGAAUUGAAGUGUGAUGAAGUGCCGCCAGAGGCCGUGGAGGAGAUGGAAUACACAGUUCUUGAAUCUGAAGACGUCGAGACCAACGAGAUCAUCGAGGAGCAUCUAGCGCAAACGAAAACCUCCAAAGGGCUCACCGAGACUGUGGUUAUUAUAAAUCCGGACGAAUCGCAGACUGAACUAACUAUAGAACAGAUUGAGGACGAUGACCGGAAUGACGAUAGUUCGCAGGAUUAUACAGAGGCGAUUUAUCUGGUGACGAAGGAAAGCGAGUCCGUGGAUGAUCCUCACAAAUCAGAGGAAGUGGUGACACCCAAACCCAAAAAACAACGCGGGCGUAAACCCAUCUCUGAUAUCCCUCUCCACGUUCUGGGUAGAGAUAUCAGUAAACCCACGGAAGGAGUGUCCAAUGGUGGUCGCACCAUGCCUAAACCGCGACUCGGGGUGAAGGUCCCUUACAGAAAUCUAACCAGUCAGAUCGUCUCCAAGCAAGAAAUCGAGAAAGAAAUCAUGGAACGUUUCAAAAUGAAGCAAGAACAGAAUUCCACCAGCAGCGGCGAUCUUCUCUUUGCGAGAAAACUCACACAACGUCUAGCGAAAAAAUUGAUCCCCACGGAUAAAGAAAAAACGAGCCCGAAAGCAGAACCCGCUGAAGCCCCCAGCAGUUCUGUGAAUCAAAUGUCAGAAAUCAAAAACAAUUCCGACUUGAUUGCGAUUUUGGAGGGCGAAGGUGACGAGAUACAACUAAUGAACCAGAAGCAAGCAGCUGAGGAAAGGAAAGAGGUUGCUAAAAGAACAGAAAGAGAAAUCGCUUUGGAGCAGCUGAAGGAGUUACCAGGAAAGCCUGUGAAAGUCCUCAAACCUAAACCAGAAGAAGAGAAGAAAGUAGCGACUCCACAAAAGGAGGCAAAAGUAGUAAUAACACCAACGGUUUCCCAAAAGUCUCCUGGUGACAAGAAACCGGUGGACCUUGAACCAAGACUCAAAACCGGAAUGGUGAUCAAAACGUACACCAGGAAACGUAAAUCGACGGAGUUGGAGCCAGUUCUGCCACCAAAAAAAGCGGCUCUUACUACCCCAAUUAAAACCGAAGACGGUUCCCCGAGUAAUGUUUACAUAACGAAGAGCUCGAGGGUGAUCAAAAGGAAAGUCAUUUGGGACCCUGAUGAGGUGCCAAGUAAGAGUCCGAUGAAAUCGCCAAAAAUCGAACCGUCUAAACCAUCACCCGCUAAACCAGUGGAAAAGAAAGAUCCAGUUAAAGUAGUAGAGAAGAAGGAACCGGUCAAAGUCGUCGAGAAAAAGGAAGCUGUGAAAAUCGUGGAAAAGAAAGAAACCUCUGAAAAGUCCCCCGAGAAAAAAAUCGCAACUCCCGUGAAGAAAAUCGUCAGUAAAAGUCCGCAACCCCCAGCGAAAAAACCCAAACGGUUGACCGAAGUAGACAAACUCUUAAUGGACGAAGGGGCCGUCAAUAUGAUCUACGACGUAAAAACCAACGACGACGCAAGCCCCGACAAAGUCAAAAAGAAGACCAACAAAUCCGUCAUCAGUCUAGACCGAGCACACAAAGAGCUCAUGAGUAAAACCAACGUGAUCAAGAACGAUCUUCAACAGAAUACCACAAAAGACGUACAAAAAUCGCUACGUAAAAAAGAGAUCGUGUCACCUACGUUGAAAAAAGAAGCGAAAAAAGAAACCACACCCACUGCCAUCACCCGAAAAAAAUCUAAAGACUCUACCAGGAGUUCCGUUCACAGUCCGCCUUCGUCUCCCCCGUACAACGCCGCCGAGGCUUCGCGCAUCAUCAGGAGACACUCGAGUAGUUCGUUCUCCAGCAACGACGAGAUGAGCGAAGAAGACGGCGAGGAGAAGUCGCCGAAGAAGAAGCCGGCGGAGUCGCCGAAGAAGAAGGUGAAGAAGAGCGGCGACGGGAAGCCGAAGGAGGUGGCCAAGAACAACAACAAUACGGUCACGGAGGCGAAGGUUAAUCACGUGGAGAAGAGCGUGGUGGAGUACAAGUCGUUCACGACGACGAAGAAGAACAAAUUGAUGUCGAUUAAGUUGCACAGCGUGGACGGGAAGUGUUACUUGAACGAGCAGGUUUUGAAGGAUUUGACGGCGUGUUUGAAGGAGUACGGGAAGGACGACGAUUGUCACGUGGUGUCGAUUACUUCGGAUAGCAAUGAGUCGUUCUGCGAGGGGCUGGAUUAUAGGCUGCUGGUCGUGGAGGAGGAGGCGGCGCGUAAAAAGAAAGCCAAUGAGUUGGCGACUUUAGUAAAGGAGUUCCUAAGGUGCCUUUUAAACUUUCCCAAGGUCUUAGUGGCCGGCAUUCAAGGAGACUGUGUAGGUUUAGCUGUCACAAUGCUGCCACUUUUUGACAUGGUAAUAGCGAGUGACACCUCGACGUUCAGUGCCCCCUACUCGAGGUUAGGGUGCAUACCAGAGGCCGGAUUUUUACUCAGCGUACCGCAUUUAAGCAGUAACGGAUUGGCGAGCGAAUUGUUGUAUGCUUCUCAAACAAUCAAAGCAGACGAUGCAUUUAGAAGAGGUUUAGUAUCCAGGCUUUGUUGGCCCGAGAAGUACCAGCAGGAGCUAAAAGCACUCGUUUCACAAGUCGGAAAUCAAUCUAGAGAGAGCAUAAUAGCAACCAAGCAGCAGUUGCGCCAAAACGUCUUGCAGAGCACAGAGUCGGCGUUGAGUUCCGCGAGUAAAGUUCUGGUCGAGUACUGGACUAGUCCAGAGUGUCAAAAGAACUUCGCCAAAUAGGGCGCCCUAGGUGUAGAGUAGUGGGAUGAAAAAUUGUUGAAAAUAUCAAUGGUACAAACUGUUUUGUUUCAUUCGUAGGAUAAGUGAUGAAUUUGAUGAAUGUAAAUUGUUUACAUUUCGGACUUUAUGUAUAACUUGGAAAAAAUAUUUUUUAUAUUUUCAUAAAUAGAGUAAGGUUUCCAUCUUCAUUAGGAUACCUAAUUUAGAUUGUAAAAAUCAUCGUAGUGAUGCGUUGUAAGAUGCAAAUGUUCACUCUAAUGCACGUUUUGAAGAUGUCUCUAUCAAUUUUCCAAAGAAUGGUGCAAUCUGGAUCUUCGUAUGAGUUGCGGUUGAUUUAAGAGGACUGUAUCGGUUUUAUCAAGUGUUGAAAAUUUUAUGAAGCGUAUUUUUAAUAAAACAUCUGAAGGAAA